AAAGCCGCACCAGACCCUGCCCAAUGACACAUCCCCAAAUAGCGUCUCUCCGCACGUGGCGUCUGUGUGGUAGUGAUCACUAGUCAGGGCGCGGGCAGUUAGCUAGGCGGGGUUCUGGCUUAGCGCAGCUCUCUCUACCGCGGCGUGCUGAUUGGGUGGCCUGUGACGAGCCUCCCUGCUGCCUGUCCCGGUGCUAGUCUAGCGCCGUGCCCGCGCCGGCGAGGGUUCGGCGCCUUUUGCACGUAGUUGUCUCAUUGGUGUCGCGUGACCAAACCCCGCCGUUGCUCUCGGCGCGCGGCUCUGCGGCACCGGCCGGUGGGGGCUGAGCGCGCCCGGCCAUGGAAGCGACGGGUGGGUUGUGGCAGCGGCUGUCGGGGCCAGAGGAGCGGCGGCUGCUGGAAAUCCUGUCCUACGGGCUGGUGGGCGCGGGGGCGCUCUCCGCGCUGUUGCUGCGCUUCGUGCGGAUGCCGUACGGGCGCUACUCCACGCGCCGCUUCGGCUGCCCUGUGCCCGUCCGCCUGGCCUGGGCGCUGCAGGAGCUGCCGUCCCUGCUGGUCCCGCUGGGGCUGAGCCUCUUCAGCGGCGCGGCCCGCGUCUCCAAGUGGCCGAACCGGGUCCUGCUGGCGCUCUUCAUCGGGCACUACGCACACAGGGCACUCAUCUUUUCUUUCUUGAUUCGUGGAGGAAAACCAACACCAUUCAUUACUUUUGCACUAGCACUCAUAUUCUGUGUCUAUAAUGGAUACUUGCAAGGUCGGAGCUUAAGUAAUUAUGCAGAAUAUCCUUCUGGUUGGCUGAAAGGUCCUUGUUUCAUUGUAGGUUUUGCAGGAUGGCUGAGUGGCAUGACAAUUAAUAUCUAUUCUGAUCACAUUCUCAGAAAUCUGAGAAAACCAGGGGAAACGGGCUACAAAAUACCAAGAGGUGGAUUGUUUGAAUAUGUAACUGGAGCCAACUUUUUUGGAGAGAUUCUUGAAUGGUUUGGAUUUGCUCUUGCCAGCUGCACUAUUGAAAGUGCUGCUUUUGCCAUAUGCACACUUUUCAUCCUAGGUUCCAGGGCACACCAACAUCAUCAAUGGUAUCGUGAGAAAUUUGAAGACUACCCAAAGUCCAGGAAGAUUGUGAUUCCAUUUGUGCUCUGAGGUGUGCAUCAUGGAGUUGGCUGACUUUGAAUGAUGGUGGUUGCUAUUCUGAAAAUAUUCAGUUGACAAACAACUCCCAACAAGUUAGCCUAAAGGUUUUCUUUUAACAUUUUCAGUAUCACUUUUGUUGGUUUCCUAACAUAUAAAAUACAACUGAUGGAUGAGGCCAUAGUGACAGAAGAGUCAGCCAUCCUGUUCCUAUUUGGAGCAUAGUGUAAUAACUGCCUUAAUAAGAUCGUAUCUUCAUCAUUGGAACUACAGUGGUGUCUGUAUUGCUUCUUAUCCUGCCUCUACCUGUUGCCGUUUCUGCCUCAGCCAGGCACAAUACCUCCAAGAUCUCAUAUUGCACCAUAUCAGUGGAUGCUUGUGCACUAUCUACCCCCACACAAACACAGGAUUGACUUGCCUCACCCCCCCGGAUAAUCUAGUGCUAGUAGUGUCACUAAAUGUAGUCUUUGUACUCAGUAUUAUGCCUAGCCACUGAGCAAGGAGUAGUGGUGAGAGCUAUCCUCAGCCCCCGCACAUCUGUGCAGGCACAAACAAUAGAACACUGUUAACACUACAUGCACUACUUAUGACAGUAGCAGUAACUUUGGCAAAUAAUGGGUUAAGAUUUACUUCUUCCUCCAGAUUAAUAACUCUCUCAGGUACUUUUCAGUGGCUGGCUUCUCACCCACUUCCAUGGCAUGUUCUACUUUCCUUAUUUUUUCCAUUCUACUCUUUGUUCUGCUUUUUAUUUUUCAUAUGAGAAAUAUUAGUGUUACUGGUAAAGGAUUUGCCUUAAUUUUUUACCAGUCCCCGCUGACAUUCUAAUGACUUUUAAAGUUUACAUUUGGUAUCUAUUUCUGUUUUAGGAGGUUUAGGGUCUUUAACCGACACUUUUAGUAGUUUUGGGUAGCACUGUUUUCUGGCUUGCCUAAAAUAACAAACCUCACCUCCUAAGAACUAUAGAGAAUUUUUCAAAAAUGUUUUUACUUUAUGAUAAGUGUAUGGAUGACACCUGUUUUCCAAAGAGAACUGGAUUUUUGAAUACUUGUUUUUUACCUUAAUAAUGUCAAGUCUGUUCUCCUUUCCUAGAUUUGCUGGAGGACCUCUGUGAGCUCACAGUAGACAUUCAUGAGAGUUCCAGUACCUUAACUGAAAGAGUGGGGCUGUUGAAUCUUAAACAGAGACUUAAUUGCUGGGUUUUAAAUAGGGACUAAAAGUAAAUGGAGUUUUAAAUAGCGAUUUAAAAAUCCCUUCUCUUCCCAAUUGCUCAGCUUUCAGUCUCCUUUCUCUUGUGAUAUUCCUACUUUUCCAGUCUCCAUAGUCUUUUACAGUAGAAAAGUCCUGAAUCUUUAAUGUAAAAAACAAGCAGAAAGUGUUUUAACAUUUUUUUUCUUUAUAUAAAUCCCAAGGAAAGGCACAAGCCCAGUUUCUCUUUUUUGGGUGGGGUCAGGGGAGGAGGGUUGUUUUCAUUUUCUUUGGAAGUUGCCUUUUAAAUAUUCUCAAUCUGCCUGGACACUCUUUAGAUCUUAAGUGCUGCUUUGAAGACAAACAAAGCUUAGCUGUAUUGCCUUCUUUAAAGCCUUAUCUUAAUUCCAACAUAAUUUGAGUCUACCUGCCUCCCAUUUCAGACCAACAAGGCAGCCUUUGCCUACCCACACUGAAAUUAACCUCCCUCACCAUCUCCUUCCCUCUAAAGCAACUUUGCUGUACUGUUUGUCAUUUUUGGAUUUUGGCAGGUGGUUAAUAAAAACUUUUAAAAAAUUUG